AGGAAUAGAGACGGAGAGAGAAAUUGAUGUGUCCGACAACAAUAGCAGCUAUUACUAUUGCUACGUGUUCCUUCUGCUAUAAUUUAGAAGAUCGACAUCCUGACCAAACAACAGCAGGAGUAAUAUCAUUAGGGACAUCGUCAUUAAGACCAAAUCUGCACAUACUACACAUAUGUAGAAGAUAAUAAAACGACAGAAAAGGUUUGCGUGAGUACAGCUGUUCAUUUUUACAGAUUUUAUUUUGAAAAGAAUAGAAAUGUAAAAUUACCCUAGUGUAAUUCAAUGAUUCAAAAGCAGAAAGCACAUGUCACCAGUUAUUGUAACUGUUGGAACUAAUUGCUAUAGUUUUUUAUUUCAUUACAGAAUCAUUUUGUGACAUAAUAAAACUAAUUGUAAGGCUUUAAGGAUUGGAGACGACCAUAUAAAAUUUAGAAAUACGUGACUAAGAUUAAAAGGCAGAAAAUGGAUUGUAAUAAGAUAACAAUAUGCGCGAAAAAUCUUCAGAAUGUCAUACCAAUGCGAGUCACGUAAGAGCCAUGGCAGAAAUGUGCUCUCGCGAUCCAGCGCCAAGUGUGCUUCAGCACCAUUCAAGUCUUAAAACCAAUGGUAAAAAUUUUACCAGUAAUCCUCAACAUCAACAAUCGCAUAGACCACAGCCCCAUUCAAAUAAUAUUGUCAGAUGCGCCACCAUUACCGAGAGCCAAUUGUUGGAUCUCGAAGAUGAUUCACCUGGACAAUUAGGUAAUCUGGGUAAUGGUAAUAGUCUGUCCAUGCCUGGAGGUAGACUUAAAUUCUUCAAAGACGGCAAGUUCAUUUUGGAACUGUCACACCGUAGAGAUGGCGAAAGGACCACCUGGUUUCCCGUGCCAAAAAAGACCUUCUGGCCUCCAGCCAAUGUCACGCCUAACAGACUAGAAAGUUCUGCCUCACUUAGCGUUUCAGACGAUAAUUCGUCUAUUCAAUCGAGUCCGUGGCAACGUGAUCAUUGUUGGAAACAGAGCAAUCCUAGGCGUAAUAUUUCGACUGAAUUUAAUUUUUAUUACUGGCGCAAUCCUAAUAUGCGAUUGCAUGUCCACCCUAGACUGAUCGCUCGUAAAAGACGACAACCAUUUGAUCCUAGUUCCUCGCUGAAGCAGUUGAAAGAUUUAGUUACGAAUUAUUAUAAGCCUCAAGAGCAACAGAUAUCGUUAACAGUACGCAAGUCCAAUGGUGGUGGAGCAACUUCCAAUAAGAGUCUAAGCAUUAUAAUCGAUAAACUAGCCCGACUUCUAGAUCCAAACGUUAUCUCACCACGUAAACGCAUACUACGCGAGCUUGAAAGAGUCAGUCUAGAAGAUCUAGCGUCAAAAAGAAGAGCUACACCACCGCAACCUGUAAUCAAUAUAUUGACAAGUGAAACAGCUCCAGUUUCAAAACAGCUCUCAUCAUACAGUAUAACAAGUAUUUUGGGUGAAGACAAACCUAGUAUGGAAAAUGAACCAGGCUUCUUGCGCAAUCUUUUGAAGCCUCAAGAGUGUCAGCAUCAUCAGCAACUUUCACCACAUCAGCAUCAACAACAAUCAAUGUAUUCGCGCUCAAGUCGUUUGGAACCUGCACUCACAACAGCUUAUUUAAGCCCGAGCACAAUUUCUUCAAUUCACCAGCCACUUUAUGGGCUACCUAUGUUACCACCUGCUACCUAUCGAGCACCAUUUUGUUGGAUGCAUUACUCUCAACCAGUACACUACCCACCGCCGAUGUCGCUAUAUACAGCCCCACCCCAGUCAUCUCCUCAUAUAUCAUCACACUCACCACCCAUGCACCGCUAUAAGGACUACAGAGAACAAACUCUUACACCUCCAUCGGAUAUGCCUCUGAAUUUGUCUAAACACAUGGGUUAAAUCUCAGGAUCCUAAAAGUUGGUGCCUUAUUGUUGGAUAGAUAUGAAAAAAUGUAACUGUAGGAUAAUUCAGAUGUGCAAACACUGCCCAUGCAAAGACAAUGCGUUAUAUAUACAAUUAUUAUUUUUUUAACCUUAAAGCGAAAUCGGAAUUGCAUAUAUUGUAGUUAAAAGCUCAAAGUGAAGGUAUUACUUCAAUGUUAAUUGGAGUUGAGAUUCUCGCACUGUUUGCCAAUAAAUUAAUUUACUUUACUCAGCAAAUUUUCUUAGAAUAAUUUGCUAAACAUUGGUUAUAUGCAUGAAAUGAGCAAACAAAGUAAGAUUUGCUAAGCAAUUACAUAAU